AUGGUGGAUUCGAGAGUUCUGGGUUUCGAAAUUAUAAAGGAAUACUAUGAAGGGGACUCGGAUUUCAACACGAUUUACAAUGAAUGGAAACCUGGUAUUGCGAAUCAGUUCAAUCUAGUCGACGGAUUUUUAUACAAGGGCAACAAAUUAUGUAUUCCUAAAUGCGCCGUCCGAGAGCUAUUAAUUCGUGAAGCACAUGGAGGAGGAUUAGCAGGGCAUUUUGGCAUCAAUAAAACUAUUGAUUUAUUGCAUGAACACUUCUAUUGGCCAAAAAUGCAUGGUGAUGUACGAGCCGUCUUAGCACGUUGUGGAACUUGUCAGCGUGCCAAGAGAACUUUUCACAAGGGUCUUUACACCCCACUUCCAGAGAACUCCCUUGGGAAGACGUCAGUAUGGAUUUUAUUGUGGCUUUGCCUAGAAUGCAAAGGGGUAAGGAUUCGAUCAUGGUUGUAG